GACGUUUGCUGUCAUCGCCGUCGGGUCGAAAAGAACGAGAAAAAAAUUACAACUUAGUACCAACUACAAAAUAUAGGCAAAAUUCUUACAGAAAGUAGAGUUUUUAUAAUCUAAUAAGUGUACAAAAACAAUGAGUGAAGACUAUUUGAGUCAACCAAUCUCGCUGGGGUCGUCAUCAUCAGCAGAUGAGGUACGUCCCAAUCGUUCGAGUGCAACAACCAGCACAUUUGGUACACCUAUUUCUCCAUAUUUGAAUUAUAACCCGCGUAUAUUGCAACAAGCACAGCCAGAAUUUAUUUUUCCGGAAGGUGCUAAUAAGCAGCGCGGACGUUUCGAAUUGGCUUUCUCACAAAUUGGAAGUUCAGUAAUAGUUGGCGCAGGGAUAGGCGGUGUAGUUGGCUAUUAUAAUGGUAUGAAAACAACGGCGGCAUUACAACAAACAGGCAAACUAAGGCGAACACAAUUACUUAAUCAUGUGUUGAAACAAGGCUCUGGCACCGCCAACACUCUGGGGACACUUGCCGUCAUGUAUUCAGCGUUCGGUGUACUUCUGCAAAAUGUUCGAGGAGAAGACGACGAUAUCAACACAGUUAUUUCCGGCACAGCAACUGGACUGUUAUACAAAUCGACAGCUGGCCUUCGAAAAUGUGCAAUAGGCGGUGGAGUAGGUCUAGGUGUAUCAGCUGCGUAUUGUCUGCUCCAAUUGUUGCGAGCAAAUUCAAAUGGUUCUGGUUUAAAAUUUCUGUAAAUCUAUAUGAAUUGCAUAAAAACUGAACUGGACUGUGGCAUACUGACUACGAAAUUUUCUAAAUACGAUAAGUGGUUAGCGGCUAGUAGUGACUAGGUAACUCCAUAUAGUGGAGAUAAAUGGAGUUGCGUUAUUCCCCUAUGUAACGCGCUCAAACGUACAUAGCAAAUUUAAGUUGUAAGUUUUCCUUGCUUUAUAACUUUUAUUUUUUAAUAUUAUUAGUUAUUAGAAUGUGAUGAGUUAAGUUGAACAAACUAAUACCGAAGACAAUUUGCUUAAUAAGUAAUUAUAAUAGUACAACAAUAUAAAUGCAAAAAUUCACACAAAAUUCUUUGCGCAUUAAACAGAAGUGUGUUUACAUAAACUUAAAAAAAUAGUUGUACAGAAAAUCAUAGAAAUAUAAAAUUGAAAAUGAUCACCGAAAUAAAACUAAACGCUUUGCGUAUGUCAAAACAAGAA